AUGUCUGUCAAUACUGCUCUACCUCCGUCGCAGCGGGGCCAAAAGAAUAUCCCGUCGAAUUUGAUGGAUGACCUUAGCAAGCGGCUGGAAAGCAACCCAUACGAUGCGAAGCGGAAUCCCAAGGGAAUCAUCGACCUUGGGUCUGCCGUCAAUGAGAUAAUGUUGGAAGACUUGGCGUGUUGGACAAAGCGGAAUGUCAAGAAGACCCAGCUCAAGGAGACCCUUGGCUAUGGUGAUACACAAGGCUCUACAGAACUACCGAAAGCAGCUGCAGCGUUCAUGAACGAACACUUCAAAGUCCGCCUCCCACUGACUGCCGACAACAUCCUUGCGGCUAAUGGCGUCUCGACGUUGCUGGAUACGCUCACAUACAAUAUCACCGACGAAGGCGAUGCUGUGCUACUAGCGACUCCAAGCUACGGCAUGUUCGCCCGUGACGUCUGGGCGAGGAACAAUGUCCGCGUGGUAGAGGUGCCCUGUGACGACAUACCGGAAGAGCGCUUCUGGGGUGAACCCCCACAAGAAGACGGCUCUAUGCAGAUACCCGAGCUGGUUGUUCGUCUCGAGAAUGCGAUCCAGGUCGAGCUGAGUCAAAAGCGCAAGGUCGGCGGCAUCCUCCUGGCCAAUCCCGACAACCCGAUGGGUCGGUGCUACGCCGCCCAUGUGCUCCUGCAGAUCUCCCAGCUCUGUGCGCGGCACAAGAUCCACCUCAUUGUCGACGAGAUUUACGCAAUGAGCGCCGGUGACCGCUUCUCGAGUAUCUUGAGUCUGGGCCUCGAUGUCAACUUUAGAAACAUUCAUGUGUUGUGGGGGUUGAGCAAGGAUUUUGGCCUCGGUGGACUCAGAAUCGGCUUUGUGGCGACGUACAACCAGCAGAUAUACAAUGCGAUGCGGGCGUCAAGCACAUUCGGGUGGGUCCCGUCACCCAGCGCGUUGACAGCCGCCAAGCUCCUGUCUGACACGAAGUUCCUCCGGAACCAAUACCUGCCCGUGUUCCGUCGUCGCCUAACCAAACGGCGCACCUUUGUCGAGGAAGAACUGGAGAAGUACGACAUACCGCACGUCAAAGCUGAGGCCGGCUUCUUUGUGUUUAUCAACUUGUCGGUGUGGGUGGAUCUCUUGCUCGAAAAGCACGGAAAGGAGGGCGACUUGAAGUUUCUGGAGUACUUGAUGAAGUACCGCGUCUAUCUCGAGCCUGGGCAGGCCUUCUUCUCCAAACGCCCCGGAUGGUUCCGGCUCAACUUUGGCGGGGAAAAGGAAACGUUCAGACUUGGCCUCCAGAGGUUGUUCCAAUGUUUGAGGUUGCUCGACGGCAAAGACCACAUUGACCCAACAAUUGCACUGCCCGGGAUCUAUCACCCGCCGCCGAAAGGCAUGGGCCAUCUCGUCAGAAUGUGA